AUGUGUUCUAACUGGAGCUACUACACUCUGCUGACCUCCACCCCCAUCUACAUGGACCACGUGCUGCACUUUGACCUGCAGGCGAACGGGCUGCUGUCGGCGUUGCCGUAUCUCGGGGGGUUUGUGGUGUCGUCUCUCGCCGGCGUCGCAGCAGAUCUUCUCAUCGAGAGGCGGGUCUUCAGUGUCACUGUCACACGCAAGCUCUUCACCGCAGUCGGUCUGGUGCUGCCGUCUGUCUUCCUGGUCUGUGUGACCUACAUUGGCUGCAGUCACGUUUACACCGUGGCGUUUCUCACGCUCAGCACGACCACGGGAGGCAUCAGCGCCGCCGGUGUGUACAUGAACCAGAUGGACAUCGCUCCCAGAUUCGCAGGAUUUCUUUUGGGAAUCACCAACACUUUUGGAACUAUUCCCGGCGUGGUGGCGCCGAUUGUGACCGGAUACUUCACUGAGGAUCGCUCUCUGGACGGAUGGAGGACGGUGUUCUGGCUCUCGGCGGCGAUCCAAGUCGCCGGAGCCGCCAUCUUCACCGUGUUCGGCAGCGGCAAACUUCAGGACUGGGCCAUGACGGACGAAGACCGAGCAGCGAGGAAGAGAACCAGCUCCAUCUUGUCCUGA